UUGUACAUUUCGAUAGAAUAACGCUAUAGGUCCCUACAGAUAAUGACGGCUGCGUGUGAGUUGUCAUGCAGACGUUCUGUAUGCAUUAACUGCUUUGUUUUUAUCGUUACGUCAACGUUCCGUCGAUUAUCAGACAAAUCCGAAAUCUUGCGCUAGGCCAUCGCAGCUUGAUUCAAGGGAUUGCGUCUGCAGUUUGCGCCUGGACCAGUUGUUUCCAUUAAUGCCUGAAACGCCCUUACGUAAUGUGCAAUGGGUCUUGAGAUCAUCGGACUGUAUCGUCUUUUCAGCUCUGGAGUGUAACAUUAAGUUCUUGAUAAAACAUCGCAGAGAAUUAGGAAGGACUCUUUUCCCUCUGAGAAGACUUUUAUUGUCACUUUCUCUUCAGUCUAAUGGUUUUGCUAUAAAGCCGCUUUUUAAAUCGCCUGAAGGACGUUUUUUUUAAACAGUUUUGUUGUCAACUCACGAAGGUUUACAGUGGUGGUCUGGUGGACAGAUUCACUUGCUAUCAACAAGACGAUCGAGAAUUUUAAAAUGUGGUAGAGAAAACGAGAGAUUGAACCUUUGGCAAUGUGUGUGAAUCGGAUCUCGAUCUUGUUAACGGAACUGCGAUCAGAAAGAUGGCACACGGCAAUUCGUCCUACCAAUCUCCUACCGACGUCGCUAUCUUCUGGAUUUUUCGUGUAGUCGUACCGGUAGUGGCUCUUGGAGUUAUCCUUGCCAUUGCCUUCCUCAUCUACACAUGCUGCCGCAAGAGAAAAACAGAACACAAAUCAGAAGGUGAUUAUCCUCUGGAGAGAUUUGCGCCCUCUAGGUCCAGUAGUAGAUAUGAGAAGAUUUCCCUGGCAUCAUCUUCAGGUUCGAGCACUUCGGAGGGAUAUGGAUCACUGCAUAGUCACUCCUUGCUGCUUGGCCGCCACGCCUCCUCCGUCCAUGAGUUAACUCCGGUCGACGACGCCAACUAUCUCGACAUCAGCGACGUCGAGACAUCGCCCGGUGACCUGGGUCAGGUUCUCGUCUCGCUGUCGUACAGCAAGUCGAAAGGGUUGACGAUGACGAUACUCGAAGCCACGAAUCUGUUGUUGAGGCCCUUUUCGGAGAGCAUUGAUCCGUAUGUUAGGAUAAGAGUCAAGUCCAAUGAUAAAGAUCAUUUUCAAGAUUUUCAGUUCCAAAGCUCGGUGAAGAGAAAAACACAGAACCCGAUUUUUGAAGAAACUUUUGUCGUAAAUCUGUCCCCCGUAGAGCUCAGGCGCUACGUUAUUCAACUGGUGGUGGUCAACUAUCACAAAUACUCGCGAAAAGACGUGAUUGGCGAGAUUUGUAUACCCCUUCAUGACGUCACGACAACAUACGAGAUUACGAAGGCCUACGAUCUUCAGGCGCCACAAAAGAAAUUGUGCGGUGAGAUACUACUUUCGUUGAGCUACCUGCCGACUUCCAAUCGAUUGCUUCUUGGUAUCUUACGAGCGAGCAAUCUUACAUGUCCAGAUGACUCGAGGAAUAUAGACCCUUGCGUCCAAGCCAGUCUCAUCAUGGGCGGAAGAAAAUACAGGAAAAAGAAGACUGGCGUCGUCACAGCCGAUGUCAACCCCGUAUUCAACGACAAAUUCUUCUUUGAAAUCCCGGCGGAGAAACUGGAACGUAUCCAGAUUCUAGUCGCCGUUACGAACGAGCGAGAGAGCGGACGACAGGACUCGGACACGGACCCCAGUUACAGCGACGCUGAAGUCGGUCAAGUGAUACUGGCCUAUCGGAGCACCCCUCGGGCGCAUGCGCAUUGGAUGAAAAUGAUGAGCAAUCCGAGAGAAAAGUAUUGUCAGUGGUAUGAUUUAACAGUUUAAAAUGUCUUCCAAAAAGCGAUGGGUUGGGAUGGUCGAUUAGAUCCCACUUGUUCGAAAGACCACAAGCUUCGUUCUCUUUGACCUCCGGCACAUCGGCUAUAGUGGGCAACCUUCUCGAAACGAAAGGUUCACCAGACGGAUCACCAGAGGGAUCACCAGACCAUGGGUUUGGGUAGGUAGCGCGAGUAUUGUGCCCAACUCGAACGGGUAAGCCAAAUAUGGCAAACUCUUUUAAUCACGUCCUCUCUGACCUCUAACCUCGGAUAAAUAUUUAAAGCCGAAAGUGAUUCAUUUAAAUUAAGUAUAAAUAUGUGAUUGCCAAGGUGGCUAAGAAUCUUUCACCAGGGAGGAGUGAAAUCACAUGCAGGGCGGAGUGCUCUCACGUGUCGUUGAAUUUGAACAAAUUGUAUUCACUCUUUCCAAUUUCCAAAAAAACCAAAACCUUUCAACGGGAGGAUGGGGUGUGGCCCGACUCCACCCAAUGCUGUAUACGCUUUAUCACAAUUUGAUUCAAGAGUGAAGCAUGUGGCCUUCCAAAGAAAUAUUCGAAUAUAUCUAUUGCUCUGAAAAACAGCUUAUAAAAAGGACGUUCUCUGAGGAAAGCAAAUUAAUUACAUUUCAAAAUAUAGGCUAGUAGCGGUGUAACACUAGGUGGAACAAAUAAAAUGGGUUUGUUAGCAUAGAAGACAGAGAUAAAUAGAGAGAGUGAGAUAAAGAAAGGGACAGAGAGAAAAUAGAGAUAGAAGUCCUUAGGGGGUCCUUGUAAGCUAUUGCUCAGAGCCGUCGAUGUAUGUUGUGUAAGUUGGACCUCAGCGCUCGUUGCUCUGCACAGCAUGAACUCGAGUUGGCCUGACUACGUGUAUAAUUGGCUCUGUUGACAGUUAGCUUUGAUUA